UUAGUACAGCAUAAAACGUGGCAUUAUAAAUAUAUAAAAAAAAAUGUUUUUCCCAUACAAAUUUAUAUGGAAAAUUGAAUCCAAAAAAACCAAUCGUUCCCAAACUUUGGGGAGUUGUUUAGGACCCCAAAAGGAACUGAAAAAUUGCUGUGCUGGAAAAUCGAUUUUGAUAUUACACCCUAGUAGGCCAUGCUAACUACCAGUACCGUUCACGACAACAAAAACGACCGAACGUCAACAAACCCUUCAUUCGGUUACUAAGGCAACGAGUACAACAUUUGGCGACGAGGAGUCCUUGGCAAAUUAUCGAAACGCUGCAACGGGAAACGAGUGGAUGGAAUCUAAUUGAUAGCAAUGGCCGGCAGGAAGUAACCUAGAGCGUCAUGCGGAUCCUGGGCUUGCUAGAUAAGACCCAUUGUUGUCGAGCUUUACUGAAACUGGAAGUACAUAUUCUCGACUAGUCGAGAACAGAACACCGAUGAAGUCUGCAAGUAGUAAACGAAAUACGUAUCUGUAAAGAUAUUAAAAUAUACAGCGGAAUUAAAAGGAACAACUCGUUUCGUUGUAUUCACAAUAAAGCAUUCUGCUAAAAUGCUCAACCCAACCACAAUGGGAGGUACAUGUCGUGUGACACCGUCAGACCGCAGUUAAAUCUGUGUGGCAUCUCAAAAGUUCAUAACUGAAAAAAAUAGAUCGAGAACAAGAACCGUAAAUCAGUUCAUACCUCCAGAUUCCACAAUCAACAAACCCAGGAGAGAGACCGUCCGGCAGGAAACGACGAAUACCAUUGCAUUUCGAGUUCUACGACCUUUAUUAGAAGGGAGAUGUUUAGUAUGCCAGAAAAUGUCUAUUAAAGGCGUCUGUCGAAGGAAAUAACCGCCAUCAAGGAAGAUCCAUUAAACGAUUCAGCAAUAAGAAGCAACCGGUGCAAUCAUGUUCCGUCGACCACGUUCCGUCCGAUCGCCAUCUCCAGCAGCGGCAAUCCCCGCACCAAUCAUUCUAGCGUUUCUCCUCUAUUUCGCAAUGCAACACGUUUUUUUCAAAGGUCAUAUUUUCCCCUUACAGAUCUGUUUGCUUUUGAAAAGCACACACGUUCUGCCACAAACACGCGUGCAAAGCCGUGAGAUGAAUAGAGCCCCCAAUAGAGAGCACCGCCCACCAGGUAGAGACAAGCCAUACGCAAUAUAGCGCACACAUGUUGAAAGCAAACAAGUGCUGGAAUUUGGUAAAAACACAAUUCCUUGGUGUGUUUGUGUGUGCGCGCGCGUAAGCUAGCCCCGCAUUUUUUUCUCAAAGAUCUCCCUCAUCUCAAGAGUAUUAUUUUUGCAGAAAACUCAAUCUCACAGUGAAUACGACGCGCACAACACGCACACACACAAAAUAGUAGCUCUCUCUAUCUACGGUUAUGGUUGCGUGUGAGUGUGAUGUGUGUGCGUGACUUGGUGAACGUCACGCACAGUUCACUGAGUUGUUGUGGGUCGUCCAGAGAACCGGAGGACGGAUCACCGGCGGCUGAAAACGGCACGUCCAACGGAGAUCGCCACAAGGAUCGAGAUCAUCAUCGGGACGGCAAGUCGUCUAGACAUCGCAGCCGUGAUCGCGAGGGCGGCGAAAAGCGCCACAAGGAACGGUCGAGAUCGCGCGAGCGGCGCCACAAGGAGCGUCGUCGCAGCAAGGAUCGUUCGCGGUCGCGCUCCAAGGGACACGAGCGCAAGGAGAAGGACCGCAGCGGACGUGGUGGCGACCGGAAGGAGGGCCGUGACGAACGGAAGGAGCUCUCGGGGCGGGGCGAGCGGCGUCGAUCGCGCGAUCGUUCCCACGAGAGGGAACGUCACGAGCGCGAUCGUCACCGCGGUGAGCGCGUUGAAAAGCCGCGUCGACGUAGCCGCAGUCGGCCACCGGCGGCGGGACCACCACGACGUCGAUCACGCUCCCCGCGACCAUUCCGACGGGGUCGUACGCCUCCGAAUGGGGUCCGCUAUCGGGAUGGAUCUCCGCUGGAGGAGCUCAGCCCGGAGGAGCGCGAUAUGCGCACCGUGUUUUGCAUGCAACUGUCGCAGCGAAUCCGAGCCCGCGAUCUGGAGGAGUUUUUCUCCAGCGUGGGCAAGGUUCGGGACGUGCGGUUGAUCACGUGCAACAAGACGAAACGCUUCAAGGGAAUCGCGUACAUUGAGUUCCGUGAUCCGGAGUCGGUUGCGUUGGCGUUGGGGUUGUCUGGCCAGCGAUUGCUGGGCAUUCCGAUCUCGGUGCAGCACACACAGGCCGAAAAGAACCGGCUGGCGAACAUUCCUCCGCCACCGCCGCCGAAGGUCAUCGUUGGACCGAUGCGGCUGUACGUGGGGUCGUUGCACUUUAACAUCACCGAGGACAUGCUGCGCGGAAUCUUUGAGCCGUUCGGUAAGAUCGACAACAUCCAGCUGAUUAUGGACUCGGACACGGGUCGGUCCAAGGGCUACGGCUUUAUCACAUUCCACAACGCGGACGACGCCAAGAAGGCGCUAGAACAGUUGAACGGCUUCGAGUUGGCCGGACGUCCCAUGAAGGUGGGCAACGUGACCGAGCGAUUGGACGUUACGACCCACGCAUCGCUCGACACCGACGAAAUGGACCGCAGUGGAAUCGAUCUCGGUGCAACCGGACGCCUUCAGCUGAUGUUCAAACUGGCAGAAGGUGCCGGAUUGGCCGUGCCACGUGCAGCAGCCGACGCCCUUCUCGCCACGGCACCACAACCUGCGCCAAACCAGCCGGUCCAAGAUUCACCGGCAAUCGCUACCCAAUGUUUCCUGCUAUCGAACAUGUUCGAUCCGGCCACCGAAACCAACCCCAGCUGGGACGUUGAAAUCGAAGACGAUGUCAUUGAAGAGUGCAACAAACACGGCGGCGUCCUGCACGUCUACGUGGACAAACAAUCUCCGGCCGGAAACGUUUACGUCAAAUGCCCAAGCAUCGCGACGGCCGUCCUCGCCGUAAACGCCCUGCACGGUCGUUGGUUCGCCGGACGGGUCAUUGCCGCCGCGUACGUCCCGCUCGUCAACUAUCACACACUGUUCCAGGAGUCGGCCACGGCAUCCGCCCUCCUGAAGCCCAACAGAGCAAAUUAGGGCCCGCGGUCAAAGUAACGCUGAGAUAGGUUUAAGAGGGUGCGAGCGGUUGCGAUUGGGCGUGUGUCCAACCCCCUUAUCCGGAAUUGUGAUAUCAAGUCAGCGCGCGUUGCUACGUUCUGAGAAAUGUAGAACACUCACACGAUUUCUCCGGGAAGAGGGCGCGGACGCGGAUGGACGACAUGAGUGUAUGAGCGAGGACGACAAGGGUGCGCGAGUCAAUUAAUUUUGUGGGCAGAAUUAAGUUUUUUCUCUUUCGUUUGUUUCAUAGAUUUACACGGCUUUCGUUCAAUAAAGUAAAAAUAAUUGAUCAUUUUUUUUUUGGUUCGGUAGUGUUCAGCUUGAAGCGUUUCCUAGUAGUGAGUGACGCCUGUUACGUUUACAUUCGCGUAACGUUGCACUAACCAACAAGGUUGAUUAAGAAAUAAUCUAAUGUUAAGCAACAGUUUCUAUCUACAUGUAACACACACACACACUUGGUAAGAGCGAACAAAUAAAGUGUAGACAUUUUAACGGUA